CUAAAAUUGUCUUUCUGAAAGUUAUAAGAAGCAAAGUAAAAAAAAAAAAUAUAUAUAUUUAAACAAGUGAAGACCAAGUCUUUAAAAUAUUUUUUGUGAUUUUCAAAUUCUAUUUGAGUUUUGUCUCUCUUAGAAUUAAAAAUGUCGAACAAAGCGAGACCAGUUUGGUAGUAAAUAAAUAAAAUUUAUAAAAUAGAGGCAGCUCACUGGUAAGUGCUGCUAUUUGAGCUAUUUUUAGAACAGGCCAGCGGGCUACUCAUCUGGUCCCGCGGACACUACGUUGGUGACCCCUGCUCUAGCCUUUAAAAAGACCCCCUUUUUAGACCAGUUGAUCUGCCGUUUAUUUUCUUUUUCUCCUCUGCCCCCGUCUCACUUGUGGAGAGGUGGCGGAGGGAGGGGUGAGGGUCACAGCUCCGGUGGCCAUGGAUGAAGUGCUGGCUGUCCAGAGUCGGGACCUGGGAUGGACCGCUUGCCUGUGCAUCGGUUGGGGACAUCUCUGCGCUGCUGAUCCGUCUCCGCUUGGGAUGGUUUCCUACUGGUUCCACUAUGGACGUGACUCUCGCUACUAUAUUGGAUCCACUAUGGACUGGACUCUCACCGUUAUGUUGGAUCCAAGGUUUCUCAUAGUCACUGUCACCGACGUAACACUGGGGUGAGUUUUUCCUUACCCUUAUGUGGGCUUUGUACCGCGGAUGUCCUUGUGGCUUUUGCAGCCCUUUGAGACACUUGUGAUUUAGGGCUAUAUCAAUAAACAUUGAUUGAUUUAUUGUAUAUUUUUGAACUGGAGUGUGCUUAGAAGUAUUUUUGGUUAAUUUGGACAGAAAAACAAACAUAAAAAUAACAGCAAUUGCAUGAUACCGCCGCACACAUCCUUGGUAGCAAAGAUUGCGCCUCCCCCAAAUGGCUAGAGAGGAGAGUGCAGUUUUGAUGUUUGUACCAGACAACUAAGUCCUCUUUUCAGCUUUGUGAAACAUUCAUCCAUUUUUCCACCGCUUAUUUCCUUCUGGGUCGCGGGGGGUGCUGGAGCCUAUCUCAGCUACAAUCGGGCGGAAGGCGGUGUACGCCCUGGACAAGUCGCCACCUCAUCGCAGGGUCAACACAGAUAGAAAGACAUCAUUCACACACACUAGGUGUCUGACUUUAUAAAUGCAUCAGGACUGACAGUUAGGCAGUCAUCUGCAGAAGUUCUUUAUACUUCGAGAGACUAAAUUAUUUGACCCUUUUGUACAGGUCUGGCCAUCUUGAAGACACAAGAAGAAAUGUUUUCCUAGAAUGCAAAAGGGCAACAAUUGCAACCGGAGUAGGCAUUUCUGUGGGAGGCUGUGAGGCCUCCGCCUGCAGGCGCUCAAUGCAAUAUGUGCCCGUAAGAUGAAGUCACAAACAUCGCAACUGUAGUUGACUCCCACUCGCCGGGCAGCACAAACAGGGCAUUAUGUGGACGAGUACCAGCUGGUACCACGGGCUCCUCAUCCUCCUCAGGACUUCGGUCGGUGCUUCAGAAACCAGGACAUGGAACAAAAAUUGAAACUUGGGAUUGUGGUCUUCAGAUGCAUCGUCGCCGUCUGCUUUUGUACGCUUUGUUCAGCUCAAAGACUUUGCACAGUGCCUCCUGGCCCUGUCGUCGUCCCCGAGAACAACACUGCUGACAUCCAGGUGGUUAAAAUAAGCUCUGGCAGUGAUGUCACUCUAACGAUCGUGGCCAACCCCCAAGAAAUGUUUUAUCUGAAAGGCAAAGUCCUGAUGGUGAAAAAAGAACUGGACUAUGAGGCUGUACAGAAUACAGCAACUCUAGUGGUGUGGGUGCAAUGCAACAGACCCGGUUCCAAAUCUCUGAACGAGUCUGUUGAAGUGGUCGUGGAAAAUCUAAAUGACAACCCCCCAAACUUUGCUCAAAACCACUAUGUAUUGGAAGUGAAUGAGCUGACUACAGUCAACUCCACCGUUGGACUAAUAGAAGCUACUGAUGUUGAUUCUGAACCACUGUAUUAUCGCUUGGAGUCUGCCAUGGAUAAAUAUUUCCACUUGGAGAACAUCAACACCCCAAAAUUACUGGUUAAAAGUGUACUGGACUACGAUGUCGUGCAAAGGAUCUCUCUAGUGUUACAUGUACAGGACACACUUAAUGGUUCCGCCUCUAAUAAGCCAUUCUUCACAUCUGUGGCCACCAUUACAGUGCACGUGAAGGACGUGGACAACCGUCCCCCAUGGUUUCAGCCUUGUUUGAGGACUAACUUGGGGCUGGCUAAGCUGUGUUUGAGCACGGGCUACAGAGGCAAAGUCAAUCUGACUGAGAAGGAGGAGGGCCCACUGACGCUGGAACCAGGUCCAGUGUUUGCUAAAGACGGAGACAAGAACAGAAGCGAACAGAUCAGCUACAGAAUAUUAAGAGGGAAUGAAGGGAACAUAUUCCAGAUAGAUGAGGACACGGGGAACAUCAGCAUGUCAAAAGCUGCUGAUAUUGUGGGCCCCUUAACGCUCACUGUUCUGGCGUCACAGGUGACCAACAGAGACCAGUUUGCUGUAACUCAGGUGACCUUUGAGGUGAUGAAGAAGAGCAGGAACCCUCCUCGCUUUGAGAAGGAGCGUUACGAGGGCUUCAUCUACAGCAACUCUGUGCCUGAAAGCAUGAUCCUCAGGGACCGCAGCACAUAUCGGCCCUUCAGGGUUCGAGCCCGGGACGAGGACUUUGCUGGUGGUGUGAAUCCGGAUGUAAAAUAUGAGGUGCAGUACAGCAGCUACGUCAACGUGACCUCAGAUGGUUUUGUGAUCCUAAAAAGGGUUGUGAAGACCGAGUCGUUUGCAUUGCAGCUCAGAGCGGUGGACUCCACAACAGGAGAGGUCGGCACAACAGCACUUUCUGUUCAAGUCAUACCUGCCGACGCCAUACCGUCCCCGUCUAAUGUUGGCUACCGCGCGGGUGACAUGGCGCUCCUCGGGCUGGUCAUGGCGGCUCUGCUGGUCCUCUGCCUCAUCGUGAUCGGCUUCUUGAUCUCCCGCUUGUGGAAGGACAACAUAUGUGGGUGCUUGGACUGUCUGAAGUCUAAGCAGCUGCACGGCGGCCACAGAGACUCCCUGCAGUACACCAAUGACGGCUUCCAGAACGAAGCCGAAGCAAACCGUGGACGCCCGAAAAACACCCGUACAAGAGGGAGCGGUUUCCCCCUGGCCGGGGGCCGAGUCGUCCCCCAGGGGAGACGCAACCGCCAAUGCUCCUCCUGUGGCGUUUUUGCAAACCACGUCCCCAAAGGGAGCCCCUCGUUAAGACCCUCCAGGAGGGGUCGGGGGGACGGGGAUGACUCCAGCUCGAGGUCCAUGUUGGCCAAGCAGAGGAGGAGGGAGGGACAGAAGACUGUGUGGUUCAAGGAGAGCGAGGACUCCUCGGACAUCGAGGUGGAGAUCAUCCCGGACACUGUGGGCCGAGUGGAGGAGGAGACGCAGGAGGAGCUGGAGGAGGAGUUGGUGAUGGAGGGAGUGGUCAGAGACCCUGCCGCUCCGUGCGCACAGUCUGAGGAAGGCCAACAGAGCUCCAACCUGGAACCUGGACCUGACCAGGACCAAGGUGGUGCUACUGUGGAAAAAGAAAAGGAUGGCAAUGAUCAGGAUGGCUGACAGAAUAUCUUUUCUUUUUUGUCUAAUUUGUAUUCUGCAACCAAAAGCCCAGGUUUGAACAAUCCGGGACAAAGCGUCAAAAGUUGGAUCGUUGCAGAAACCUUCAAAAAAUGUAUUUGCUACUGUGAGUCUCCUAGGAUACUGAAGUAAUAACAAACCCUUUUCAUCGUGACGUCACAUACCUCUGAUGUCUAAGUUAUACAUGAAUAGUGGAAGAUAAAGAUGGAUUAUAUUGAAACUGUUUAUGCUUGGGUGGUCCAGAGUGUGGCUCGCGGGCCUGAUUUAGUUUUGAAUAUUCUGUACGUACAAUUACAUUUGAAAUAUUAUGGAGAGGCACAUUUUAAAAAAAAUAGUUGAAAUAUUAAAUGUUCGGACAAUAUAUCACAGUAAAAAUAGGAAGUAUGUACAAACCCCGUUUCCAUAUAAGUGGUGAAAUUGUGUUAGAUGUAAAUAUAAAUGGAAUACAAUGGUUUGCAAAUCCGUUUCAGCCCAUAUUCAGUUAAAUAUGAUAAAAAGACAACAUAUUUGAUGUUCAAACUGAUAAACAUUUGUUUUUUUGCAAAUAAUCAUUAACUUUAAAAUUUAAUGGCAGCAACACGUGACAAAAGAAGUUGGGAAAGGUGGCAGUAAAUACUGAUAAAGUUGAGGAAAGCUAAUCAAAUAUUUAUUUGGAACAUCCCACAGGUGUACAGGCUAAUUGGGAACAGGUGGAUGCCAUGAUUGGGUAUAAAAACAGCUUCCCAAAAAAUGCUCAGUCUUUCACAAGAAAGGAUGGGGUGAGAUACACCCCUUUGUCCACAACUGCGUGAGCAAAUAGUCAAACAGUUUAAGAACAACGUUCACAAAGUGCAAUUGCAAGAAAUUUAGGGAUUUCAACAUCUACGGUCCGUAAUACCAUCAAAAGUUUCAGAGAAUCCGGAGGAAUCACUCCACGUAAGCGGCAUGGCCGGAAACCAACAUUGAAUGACCGUGACCUUCGACCCCUCAGAUGGCACUGUAUCAAAAACCGAUAUCAAUCUCGAAAGGAUAUCACCACAAGAUGGACUGAUGCAAAGUGGAAAAGUUUUCUGUGUUCUGACGAGUCCACAUUUCAAAUAGUUUUUGGAAAUAUUCGACAACGUGACAACCAAAGGGGAAGCAAACCAUCCAGACUGUUAUUGACGCAAAGUUCAAAAGCCAGCAUCCGUGAUGGUAUGGGGGUGCAUUAGUCCCCAAGGCAUGGGUAACUUACACAUCUGUGAAGGCACCAUUAAUGCUGAAAGGUACAUACAGGUUUUGGAACAAAAUAUGCUGCCCUCUAAGCGCCGUCUAUUUCAUGGAUGCCCCUGCUUAUUUCAGUAAGACAAUGCCAAGCCACAUUCAGCCCGUGUUACAACAGCGUGGCUUCGUAAAAAAAGAGUGUGUGUACUUUCCUGGUCCGCCUGCAGUCCAGACCUGUCUCCUAUCGAAAACGUGCGGUGCAUUAUGAAGCGUAAAAUACGACAGCGGAGACCCCAGACUGUUGAACGACUGACGCUCUACAUAAAACAAGAAUGGGAAAGAAUUCCCAUUUCAUAGCUUCAACAAUUAGUUUCCUCAGUUCUCAAACGUUUGAGUGUUGUUAAAAGAAAAGUUGAUGUAACACAGUGGUGAACAUGCCCUUUCCCAACCACUUUGGCACGUGUUGCAGCCAUGAAAUUCUGAGUUAAUUAUUAUUUGAAAAUAAUAAAUAAAGUUUAUGAGUUUGAACAUCAAAUGGGUUGUCUUUGUAGUGCAUUCAAUUGAAUAUGGCCUGAAAAGGAUUUGCAAAUCAUUGUAUUCCGUUUAUAUUUACAUCUAACACAAUUUCCCAACUCAUAUGGAAACAUGGUUUGUAUUAAAUGAAAUAUAUUUACCAGUUUAGUAUAUUAGCAAGCCAGCCUCCAUUGAUAUCUCAGUGUUUAUUUUUUUCAUCUUUAUUCAUAAUGCAGAGUUUUGUUAUUAUUUUGGUUCAAGUCUUACUAGCAUAGAGGAAGAUAACUUCAAGAACAAAAGCUAUCAGUUCCUGCUAUGUUCGACACAAAUUCUUCCUAAAGUAUUUUCACAUCAUACAAAGAAGUUGAAUAAAAACAUGAUAAAAGGGCAGUACUUAAAAAUAAGUAUUUGUUCAAAUUAUCAUUCAUUAAAAAUAUAAUACACAUUUAAAAUUUAUAUUACGAUUAAUAUGAAUGGAUUUUUUGUGUUUUUUUGUUGAAUACAUAAUACAUUUUUGCCCAUGCCCAGACUUUAGGGACACCUUGUAUUAAAUUAUUAUCAAAUUAAUAUUUUAGAGAAAAAUAUUUUAUGAUAAAUACAUACAUAUACUAUGUUUGUGUUUGAUGACUUAUAGCGGUAUAGCUGGGCUGGUAGAGUGGCUGCGCCAGCAACUUGAGGGUUCCAGGUUUGAUCCCCGCUUCCGCCAUCCUAGUCACUGCCGUUGUGUCCUUGGGCAAGACACUUUACCCACCUGCUCCCAGUGCCACCCACACUGCUUUAAAUGUAACUUAGAUAUUGGGUUUCACUAUAUAAAGCGCUUUGAGUCACUAGAGAAAAAGCGCUAUAUAAAUAUAAUUCACUUCACUUCAUUUUACAUUAUAUAUCUAUUUUUUUCUUCAACAUUUUCUUCUUAGUCUAUGUUAUUAUUUCUGUUGACUGAACAAGAUAUGAUGUCAAGUUAUGGGAACAAAAGAAAAAAAUGGAAGAGACAAUCAGACGACUUUUUAGCAAAAUAUAAAUGCCAGGUUUUCAAACAAAUUCAGACCACAGACCUGAUAUGCCAGAGUCAACUUUUUAGAGUAGGUACUGUUGCUGUAUAAACUUUUUUUUAGGAAAUGGGUUGUCAUAAUUAGACAGAAUGCUUGAUAGUAACAAAUAAUUGGUAUGUGUGUGCUCACAAACAUAUAACAGGACACUAAAAUGAUAUGUAUACUGAUAUACUUUAAGUAGAUAGAGAGAGAAUAAUGGAAAAAAUAAUUGUAUUUGGAGUAGAAAUUUCGGAAUAUUCAGCAUUUUCUGUAACUGUGCUCAUGUCUGCUUCCUGUAAAGUUGUAAAGUGUAACUGUUUGUUUGUAUUUUCUAAAGUUCACACUUUUGUUAACAAGCAGACAACCAGAACGUCUAUGGCACAGAGGACACUGCCAUGAUUGCAUCUAAUUAUUCAUAUUACACUCAAAGACAAUUUAUCUCUUAAAGGUGUGUUCAGGAGCUAAGGAAACCAACUAUUUAUUUUUAUCAUUUCCUCAUUUAAAAGGGUUUUGUAGUAAUUUUGGUGCAUUACUUGUAGUAAAUAAUACAUUCUCAUCAACGGGUUGUAUAUUUUUGAGCCUAUGCAUGAUAUUGACACGUUGGAUAAUUAUUUUUCACUUAAUGAGUGUUUGAAAGAAUAAAAUAUGCAGACUUUGUUUUCACACACAAAACCCCUUUCUCUUGUCCAGAAACUGUCGAACAUUGCAUUUUUUUGUCCAAACGACCUAAUAAUAUAAUAACCAGUAAGUAUAAAAGUGUCCAGAAUCACUUAACUAACUGCCAAUUUUGGCAGUGUAGUGUUGUCCCAAAUGAUACGGACAUGUCAAAUAUGCAUGGGACAGAAUUAAAUAAAUAAAUACUUAAAGGCCUACUGAAAUGAGAUUUUCUUAUUCAAACGAGGAUAGUAGGUCCAUUCAAUGUGUCAUACUUGAUCAUUUCGCGAUAUUGCCAUAUUUUUGCUGAUAGGAUUUAGUAGAGAACAUCGACGAUAAAGUCCGCAACUUUUGGUUGAUAAUAAAAAAAGCCCUGCCUCUACCAGAAGUAGCAGACAAUGACGUCACCGGUGUGAGGGCUCCUCACAUCCUCACAUUGUUUAUAAUGGGAGCCUUCAGCAUCAAGAGCUAUUCGGACCGAGAAAUUGACAAUUUCCCCAUUAAUUUGAGUGAGUAUGAAAAAUUUGUGGAUGAGGAUAUUGGUAGUGAAGGACUACAAAAAAUAAAAUUAAAAUAAAAUAAAGUUUAAAAAAAAAGGCGAUUGCAUUGGGAGCGAUUCAGAUGUUUUUAGACACAUUUAUUAGGAUAAUUCUGGGACAUCCCUUAUCUUUCUAUUGUGUUGCUAGUGUUUUAGUGAGUUUAAUAGUACCUGAUAGGCGGAGGGGUGUGGCCACGGGUGUGUUGACGCCAGUGUCUGAGGGAAGUCACGGCAGCUGCAUGGCAGCUCCACUGAUCUCCGGUAAGAGGCGACUUUUUACCACAAUUUUCUCACCUAAACCUGCCGGUUGACAAAUGGUCAGGAUCCAUGUUCGCUUGACCGCUCUAAUCCAUAGUAAAGCUUCACCUUUUAAACAAGGAAUCACUGUGUGUUUGUGUGGCUAAAGGCUAAAGCUUCCCAACUCCAUCUUUCUACUUUGACUUCUCCAUUAUUAAUUGAACAAAUUGCAAAAGAUUCAGCAACACAGAUGUCCAAAAUACUGUGUAAUUGCGCGAUGAAAAGAGAUGACUUUUAGCCGCAAAUGGUGCUGGCUAGUAUGUCCCCUCCAACCAAUAACGUCACAAACUCGCGU